AUGGAUUUGUUAAAUAACGGCCUGUCGGGUGUAAUGAGAGAUUGGCAAAUGAAUAAUGUGGUUUCGUUCAAACAAGACUCGAAACUGGUGGAGGCUAUUGAUAAACUUUUUUAUUGUAAUUCGCCAAGAAGCGGUCGUAGCAAGGAGACUGCAGAAAUUUUGUUGCCAGACAGAAGGCUGACAUUUGAUGAAGUACAAAGAAUUUUACAAGAAGAGAAACAUUCAGAAAUAAUUAAUGAUUGUAAAGAAAGAAAGUCGGGUAUAAUUAAGAAAAUAGAAGAUAUACUCGAUGUUAUAAAUAAAACUGCUGAAAAUGGUGACACCCCUAAGUUAAUUAUCAGAAAUCAACGACUAUGGAGUAAUUGUAUAUACGAUCUUGAGAGAGAAUUGUUUUAUCAAAAUGUAUCCAGAGUUCGCAAUCAGGCUAAUUUGGAUGUAGCGGUGAGGGACGUUUGUUGUCUACUCGAAAGUCCCCCAUGGAGUCUAGGCAUCGUGGCCACUGCUAAGGGUUUGAUAGUCGGUUCCAUAACUUUGCGUUACGGAAAUGGAACUAUUAUAGAUUGCUCGAAAACAGGUGGUGUACUCGUACCGCAAGACGUCGAAGGAAUUAAAGAAUUCAAAUGUUCUGCAAAAUACAUAUUGGUAGUAGAAAAGGAUGCAAUCUUUCAAAAACUUCUCGAUGAAGGUGCUUUGAUUAGAUUAGGACCUGUCAUUAUUAUUACAUUUGCAUUGACAACAAAUCUACCAGAGCUAAUGCUCUCACUUACAAAACUCUUCCUAUUUGAGGGUAAGGGUUAUCCGGACGUGUGUACCCGUCGCUUGUUGUGCCGUUUGUGUUCUGAGUUACGGCUACAGGCGUUGGCGCUGGUUGACGCCGAUCCUCAUGGUUAUGAAAUCUUCCUUACAUACAAGUAUGGUUCUCUGGUGAUAAUUAAUAACGCAAAUUCUAAAGUAUGCACGGAUUUAUCUAGAUUACCAAGUUUAACCCACGCUAUGGAAAUUACUGUUGCAACUAACAACGAAAGGAAGAACAUGAACAAAGCAAAGUCCUGUGUUAACGGUCCAUCUGCUUCAGCUGGACCGAGAUUGAAAAACGAAGUCGCUAAACGCAAAUCACUUUACGCCAAUGAAGCUGUAAAAUCAUUAGAUUUGGCACUGGGUAGACUUAAGAAAACCAAAUUGUCCCAUGGAGAGAAUUCACAAACAAUGCCCAACAGGAGGGAAGGCAGUCUUGGAAUGUUCAUAGAUUCUCAUUCAAAGUUCACUUUCAACCAAGGCAUCGAAAAUGCUUCUAAUAUUUCAAUGAAUUUCUCACAUUAUGAGUUGAUACGGAACUUAUCAGAAUCAAAUUGUUACUCCGAUGACGCUUUUAGUGGUACCACAGGGGAAAGGUGCGCCAGCCCUGCUGAUUUAACUAUGAAAGAUGAACAUUUAGAAAAAUAUUUCCGCAGUAUCGAAAUGUGGAGUGCCAAGUACAAAAUGGACGGCUCGAGCAAUUUGCACCUUAGGUUACCUGAAUAA